UCCAUGGGAACGCGCAGAACGAUAUUUAAGCGCGCGCGUGGACAUUAAACUCACAGAUUGCUAAAGUCCGGAGAGCGCGCGGCACUUUGUGUAGCGGACCACCGGCGAAUUAUAACAUUUGACGUUUCGUAAAUAUAAGUGAAAACUUUUGUUGCGAAUCGCAAAAGUAAAUCGUGUUUUACAUUUCAGUUUAAAGUGUAGUGAAAAUAUAAAUCAAGAUGAUUGCCCUAGUGUUUGUUUUGGGAGGUCUCCUUGCAGCAACAGAGGGUUGUGGAGCUGGCAAACAGAUGCUGAGAACCGGAGGCUUGACGGCAUAUGAGAAGCAAGCAAUCGUAGAUGCUCACAAUCGUCUACGACAAUCUGUUGCUUUGGGGCAAGUGUCCAGUCAACCUCCGGCAGCUAAUAUGAUGGAAAUGGUGUGGGACGAUGAGUUAGCAGCAACCGCGCAACGUUGGGCUGACCAAUGCACUCCUGCACACGAUCGAGCUUCGCAACGUGAUGUUGGACGUUUCCCCGUGGGGCAGAACUUAGCAGCCACGUGGACUACUCGCCCACCAUCCGAAGCAGCGGACUCCCAACCCGACUUCAUGAAACAGAUCAACGCAUGGUUCGAUGAAGUCCGUAUUUUUGGAUUCAAACCUAUCAGCGGUGGACAUGGAACGGGACAUUAUUCUCAGUUGGUUUGGGGUGAGACAUCGCAAGUUGGUUGCGGUUACACCUUCUACUAUGACCCUGCUCGUGGCUACACCAAGUUGUAUGUCUGCAACUACGGACCUGGUGGCAACGUUAUUGGAUCCAACCCAUAUGAGAAGGGACGCCCGUCUUGCGGUGCCUAUGGACUCGCUGAUUCCAGGAAAUAUUCUGGUCUUUGUUCCACCAGUUACACCGCGACUUCAAGCUAUCAAACCGUGGAUAACAACAACGGUUACAUCUCGAACGUUAUUCCCGACAGCACAGUAGAAUCUCCUGGCUUCAAAUUCCACUUCUACAAGCAAUUCGACAACCAGUACCAGUAUCAGUACCAACAGCCAGAGACCUUCUACCAAGCGGAAACGUCGACCUUCAGGCCGCUCAUCAGCAUAUUAAAAACCGCAACAAACCUGUUCACCAAACCGAAGUCGCAAGGCUUUCGAAUUGGUAACGUCUUUUUAUAAGUGUACUAACUUUAGUAUGAAAUUUUGUAGCAGUAUUUAUUUCACUAUUGUGGCAGAGUGACUCGACUGAUCAUUCGAGCCUGUUAUACGCAGUGCUUGGAACUUUGUAGAAUAUAUUCCUUGGUUUUACAAGGAGCUUAAGGACGAGCUUAUCAUAAUCAGUUAAUUGUGCGUGAAAUUCGAACCGUUUGAGGGCCUUAAAGUUUGUGCUUAAAAACAAUAUUGUGCUGUUGAGGAUGUGACCUUCUAGUAUUAGAAUAGCGUGAAGUAUGUUGUUAUUUAGAUAAUUUAUUUUUUAAAUAAAUAUUUACAAAUUAA